AUGGGAAACAACAGUUCCCACAAGAGGACCAAAACGCCCAAGCAGGCCCGCAAGGAGCGGCCACCUGACAUGGACAAGCCCCGGCAGAAACAGCAGUUCUUCAGCCACCUCAAGCGGAAGAAGCCAAGUGCCAAGAUAGUGCUGCUUUUCCCCCUGGACAAGCGGCAGCAGCUGGCGGAGGCAGCUGCUGGCCCCGGCGCGCGGGCCGGGCGGCCGGGUGAGGACGCGACAGGUGCCCCGGUGGGCCCCCCGGCGGCGGCGCCCAUGCUGCGCGGAGCGGGAGACGGCGCGGAGCGGCGCGAGGGCGCGCGCGUGCGCGAGAUGAAGAAGAUCCUGGUUUUGCUGCUGCUGCUGGACGCGCGUCUGCAGGAGGAGGGGCUCCACGCAGUGGGCGGGGCAGGGGGCGGUCCCGGCGCGGGGGGCGGUGCGGGGGGCGGGGCCGCGGCCGCGCAGGGCUGGCAGCGGCUCUAUGCCCGCCUGCUGACCGAGAGCGAGGCUGACUGCCAGGCCGAGGCUCCCGAAGAGCAGCCACGCAAGCGGCGCCGCUGCCCUCGCCCGCGGCCCUGA